UUUGGUGUCACAUGGGUCUGCGCAACAGCUCAUGAAGUUGAACCCGCAUGAUAUUUCAAGGGCAGGUUGAAAUGGAGCGAGCGUAGAUCUGUCGUUCAGUUCGUGUGUGGCGUUUUAUGACGAGCUAGACCAUGCUGUGCAGAGUCGGAUAUGUUCGCAGGUGCGCUGCCACCUUGAAACCCAUCCUUGGUGUUGUGGCCUCCAGACAGAAGCACACACUGCCAGACCUUUCAUAUGACUAUGGUGCACUUGAGCCUCACAUCUGUGCUGAGAUCAUGCAGCUACACCACAACAAACAUCAUGCAACAUACGUCAACAACCUCAACGUGGCUGAGGAGAAAUAUCAAGAAGCGCUUGCUAAGGGUGAUGUUAUUACCCAAGUGUCCCUUCAGCCCGCCUUAAAAUUUAAUGGUGGUGGUCAUAUUAAUCAUACCAUAUUCUGGACAAAUCUGUCACCAAAUGGUGGAGGAGAACCACAGGGUGACCUGCUGGAGGCCAUUAAGUGUGACUUUGGCUCAUUUCAGAAGAUGAAGGAGAAGAUGUCUGCUGCCACAGUGGCUGUUCAGGGCUCAGGCUGGGGUUGGCUGGGGUUUGAAAAAGACAGCGGAAGGUUGAGGAUCGCUGCUUGUCCUAACCAAGACCCUUUGCAGGGGACUACAGGUCUCAUCCCACUACUCGGGAUAGAUGUGUGGGAGCAUGCAUACUAUCUGCAGUACAAGAACGUUAGACCGGACUAUGUUAAGGCCAUCUGGAAUGUUGUGAACUGGGAGAAUGUCAGUGAGCGUUUCCAAGCUGCCAAGAAAUAAUUUACACUACACCUAAAAAAUAAAACAACACACUGUGCAUUUAUACAAUUGAAACUCACAAACAAUCUGACCACAAUGCAUCUAACAAUCUAAAUUGUAACUCUGUAAAAAGCGUUGUUUGUUGACGAGCUCCUUUACCAUACAGAAUAACUACUAGUGUUAUUAAAAUAUGAGAAUAUGUAAGUUCAUGAUUUCAGUACGUUUAAAUAAAAAAUUUACUUGAACUUG